UAUUCCCACAUCAUUCUAAAAAUAAAAGGAAAAAAAAAAAACAUUUUGAGUAAACUGAAAAUUAGGGCCAAGGACGCGGUGAACACCGAUGGCUUCAGCGACAGCCACCAUUUUAUUUGUAAAGUUGCUGUAGCACUAGUAUCCCGAGUCGUCUCAAUACAUAAGAGGAGGCCUCAGCGUAUGGCUGCCCCUGCAGUGUCAUUCGUUGCCCUACAGCCUUCGUUCUCUUCUGCUGCUCCUCGGUUCCUUCCUUUCCUUGCAGUCAUUAGAACUGGUGCUCCUGUUGCCCCAUUUGGGCUUCUGAGUCUGAACCGGAAUUUCCAGGUGCGGCGUAAUCUUUCAACUAGAGCUAGUUCCCGGCCACCUCCAUCACAACCUUCCUCUGAGGAAGACAAGAAUUUUUUUUCCGGCCUACAAGCUAUGUUUUCAAAAGCAGAGGAUAGCUUACGCAUAUUCUUCGCUGUUCUGUUCUGGAUGUCUCUCUUCUUUUGGGGAAGUGCAUGGGAAGGGAGGGACGAUGAUAGAAAGAGAGGACUGCGAAAGAGGAAGUGAUUCCUGCAACUGUAUAAGAACUAAAGCUGCUAAAGCUAAAACUGGAGCAAUAAUAUCUUGUGUAAUUUUGGUCCUGGUUGGUUUACCAAAUUCAGAAAUGUUAGUAGAAUCGAGCUUGUAUGGGUGGAAGUAACUGCUAGUUAGUAAAAUACCAAGUAAUGGAUCUCUCUUUGUAAUUAAUUGAAGCUACUGGUAAAGAGUACAUGUACAGUUUUGUUGUGAUUAUAGGAAAUAAAAUGCUCCAUUACUAUUUCAUUCU